AUGGUUAACUACGCUCCUCAUGACAGUGGUAAAGAUGCGAACCGGGAGGAUAUCAUUCCCUACGGCGCAACGCAGUUGCCCCAAGAGAGGCCUACUGAAAUUCGCUACCACUCUAAUACAACCCAGCCACCCUUUGGUUCUCCAUCGACGUUUAUCACGAACCACUCGCCCCCACGUCAGUCAGGGUCGCAUUACAACACACACGGGUAUAGACUCUCCCCAAUCCAGGGUAGCAGAAAACGACGACGUACCGACAACGGGCCUGAGGCCAGUGAAGACACUGAACACAACUAUGGGUACCGACCUAUCUUGCAAAACCUACCCAUGGGUGACCCAUCGGCUCCAGGAGGCGAACCGGCCGGCCUGACGUACGCUGAUGUUGGCCCUUCGUCUUCUCACCAGACAUCGAACCAGGACUACCUCCAGCCUGCUCUUCCACAACAGCAUCACCACCAUCGACUACCACCCCAAGCAUUUGGUGCGUCCUCCGUGGGUGAUCAAUACCAGCCGCAAAUCGACCGUAGCUUCAUGAACCUUCCAGGCGUGCCUGCACCAUACCCUAAGCCAAAGGCACCGAAGACUAGAUUUGGUCACAAGGAAGAUGAGAUGUUGAUAGCCCUGAAGGAGCAUUGGAAGUUUUCCUGGAGGCAGAUUGAGUGCUUCUUCCCAGGGCGAAAACAACAGACAUUACAGGUCCGUUACUGUACCAAGUUGAAGGAAAGGGACGUGGUUUGGGAUGCUGCUUUGGAUCAAAAACUGAAAAAGGCGCUGGAGGACUAUGAGAACAACAAAUGGGCGCACAUUUCCCGGAAGCUUGGACCUGGUAUACCACCAGCGGCGUGUAAGCUGAGAGCCGAAGAGCUUGAGUGUUGA